GAGGAAGAAGAACAGACAAGCAAACACAGGAAAAAGAAAAUAAGUAAUAUAAAUUAGAAGCAAGAGAUGAAGAAGAAUUACGAAAUAGAGGGCGAGCUGGAAAAUGAAGAAGAGAGGGUCGAGUAUGUUUUCAAAGUGGUGGUGAUUGGCGACUCGGCGGUCGGAAAAACCCAGCUUUUGUCGAGGUUCGCGAAGAACGAGUUCUGCCUAGACUCAAAGUCCACAAUUGGGGUUGAGUUUCAGACAAGAACUCUCAAAAUCAACAACAAGGUUAUCAAGGCUCAGAUCUGGGACACUGCCGGCCAGGAAAGGUACAGGGCCGUGACAAGCGCGUACUACAGGGGCGCACUCGGGGCAAUGAUUGUCUACGACGUCACCAAAAGAGCAACGUUCGACCACGUGGCCCGGUGGGUCGAGGAGCUGCGGGCCCACGCGGACAACUCGAUCGUUAUCAUGCUGGUCGGCAACAAGGCUGACCUGGCCGACUCCCGAGCAGUUCCCACAGAGGAUGCCAUCGAGUUUGCCGAGAAUCAGGGGCUCUACUUCUUCGAGGCCUCGGCCCUGAGUGGCGAGAACGUGGGGCCCGCAUUCUUCAAGCUGCUCGAGGAGAUUCACGGUGUGGUCUCAAGGAAGGCUUUGGACAGCAGCAAUGUCGUGAAGCCCGACCGAGGUAAUUUGGUCAACGGAAUGAAAAUCGAUGCGAUUUCGGGUGCUGAUUUCGAGGUUAGUGAGAUGAAGAAGUUGUCAACAUGUUCUUGUUGAGAAUUAUUGGGUUAUUUCUUUAUGGGUUUUGAUUGUGAGGAGAAUUAAUGAGGCUGUAAAGUGACUUUAGCAUGGGUUUGCCAUGUGGAGUGGUUGGAGAAUAUAUGUAUAUGAUGAUGAGGAUUAUAUUAAGUUGUCCUUGUUAUGUUUUCGGUGUAAUUAACAAAUUAAUUAAUUAAUUAUCAUAUGGUUUGGCCAUUUGUGGGAAGAUUUAUUUUGUCAUCAUUUUUUUCCCGCGGCUGCAUUACAACCAUUUAAUUAUUUCUUUCUUUUUGUUUUAGUUCUACAACAUAUCUUUUUGUUCAAGCUUUCUAAGGUCCCAUAUCUACUCUAUUUUGUUUUUCGUUUUGAUAUUCUUC